AUGGGUCAAUCACAUUCCAAGGGGAGCAGCGGCUCAGGCGAUGCCUUGCAGUCAUACCCGUCCUUUUCAAAAUCUGACACGAAGGAGUCCCUCCGCUCGUUCCGUGGCUCUAUUCGCUCGAAAAUCCCAGGCGCACGCGAUAGCCCUCGUGCCUCAUCAACCGCCCUGUCCCGGACCGAAAGCCAGGGAGAUAAGUCUGAUGUUGGAUCGGUCAAGUCAGCCCCCAGUCGCCCUGGAUCAGCCUCGGGCUUUUCUUCCCCGGGCUCCGAAAGUGUCUCGCGCACUGGCUCACCGGAGCCACCACCAUCACCUUCUCUGUCCAGCAGUCUCAAGCGCGGCCACAAGGAUGUGAACGCGAUGCAGCAGAGUGGUGAGGUAGACAAUGUCUCCGACAAUCCUCCUACAGGCGGUCCCCCCAGCGGAACGGUGGCGAAGGUCGGGGAGUCGAUUCUCGUCAGGCGCGAGAAUCAACUAAAUCCCAUUCUUGAUUUCAUCCUCAACCCCCCACCAGAGCAUUCCGGGUCCCCGGGAAUGGGAAUGGGUGCGUUGAAGUCCAUCGAUCUGGACGAUAUGAUCUCCCGACUGUUGGACGCAGGCUACUCGACCAAAGUGACCAAAACUGUCUGCUUAAAGAACGCCGAAAUUACAGCUAUCUGCUCAGCUGCUCGGGAGCUCCUCCUUUCGCAGCCGGCUUUGCUGGAGCUAUCGGCCCCUGUCAAGAUUGUCGGUGAUGUCCAUGGCCAGUAUACCGAUUUGAUACGCCUGUUCGAAAUGUGUGGUUUCCCACCAGCCUCCAACUACCUUUUCCUUGGUGACUACGUCGAUCGCGGCAAACAGAGUCUGGAGACGAUCCUUCUGCUGCUCUGCUACAAACUCAAGUACCCGGAGAAUUUCUUUUUGCUUCGUGGAAAUCAUGAGUGCGCCAACGUGACACGUGUGUAUGGUUUCUAUGACGAGUGCAAACGUCGUUGCAACAUCAAGAUCUGGAAGGGCUUCAUUGAUACCUUCAACUGUCUGCCCAUCGCUGCUAUUGUGGCUGGUAAAAUCUUCUGCGUGCAUGGUGGUCUAUCGCCCAGUCUGUCCCACAUGGACGAUAUUCGUGGCAUUGCCCGGCCCACCGACGUUCCUGACUACGGGUUGCUGAACGAUUUGUUGUGGAGUGAUCCGGCUGACAUGGAGGAAGACUGGGAGCCCAACGAGCGUGGCGUUAGCUACUGUUUUGGCAAGAAAGUGAUCAUGAACUUCUUGCAGCGCCACGACUUUGACCUUGUCUGCCGUGCUCACAUGGUUGUCGAAGAUGGCUACGAGUUCUAUCAGGAUCGAAUUUUGGUGACGGUCUUUUCUGCACCCAACUACUGUGGCGAAUUUGACAACUGGGGAGCCAUCAUGUCUGUUUCGAGUGAGCUGCUCUGCAGUUUCGAACUUCUGAAGCCUCUAGAUUCGACUGCUUUUAAGAAUCAUAUCAAAAAGGGCCGCAACAAGCGCAACAGCAUGCUCAAUAGUCCUCCCGCAUUGCCGUCCGCACAGAGCUUUUAA